GCUAGACUGAUUGCCAUGCCAGAGACCGCAAGGACUGAGGACGUCAUCAAGUUAUUCAUGGAUAAUUGGUACGUGACUUUGGACUGCCAAAGACUAUCGUUAGUGACAUAGAUGUCCGUUUCAAAAGUGAGAUGUGGAAGAAGGCUGCAGAACAGAUGGGCAGCCAACUCUAGAUGACUAAUGGGAAUCAUCCCGAAGCCAACGGGCAAGCUGAACAGAUGAACCAAGUGGUGCAGCAUCUGCUGAGGCAUUACAUAAAGCCCAGCCAGGAUGAAUGGGAUGAGAAGUUACCUCUCAUCGCCAGCCUGUACAACAAUGCUGUGCACAGCACCACUGGUGUCAGUCCGAAACAACUGCAUCUGGGAUGGAGGCCUAGAUCUGCUCUAGACUUUCUCCUGCCUGAAAACCGACCUGCAGCAACUUCUGGAACCAUUGAAUUUGGUGUACAGUACGAGAAGUUGCUGCAGCAAGCUGUCGAACACAUCAAGAAAUCUGAAGCAAUGAUUGCUUCUGAGAAUAAACAUCGACGACAGUCCACAUUUCAGGUAGGGGAACGUGUUUGGGUUAAGUCUAAGGAAAGGGAGGCACCGGCAGCAGCUAGAGCCGCCGAUAUUGCUGAUCAGGUGGCUCUCCUUCGGAUCCCGGAAGCCAAUGCUGACCGGUUCCAGGAGGAACUAGCUGUUGCUGUAGCAGCCUUGGUCCGACUGCGGACCUUGGAAAACCUUGAGUCUCGUAUGACAGCACUUGAGCAGCGGAACGAAGAGUUGCAGGCUAAGGUAAUGAGCCUCGAACAGUCCCAGUUGUCUGCCUCACGCCCUCCUAACCCUCGAUCUGCUAUAAUCCCAACCUCUCAAGCCAACACAGCCCUCGUGCCAAGGGCAAGUGGAACCGUAGCAAGCGCAGGAACCGGCGCCAACUCCUCGAGCGGCAGCACCGGCAGUUCUGCGCUGGUCAUGGUCUCGAAUGCAGGGACAUCAGCCCAAAACGCCGCAGUCCCUACUGGCGUUCAAUACAGCGGUCCCAUGGUGGAUAAGCGGGCGGCCACGCUGCCGUCCAAGUACGACGGGAAGGCAGACAUCACCUCUUGGAUUAGUUUCAUGAGGUCGUACUUUGAGGUCAUGCUGACACCGCAAGAGGACCGAAGUAUGAUCAUGGGGACUAAUACUGAGCCCGCCGUACGAAACCACAUUGAGCUCCAAGUUGUCGCAGCAGGCUAUGAACGCAUAGACCUGACUGAUUGGCUGAAGGUGGGCAACCAAGAGGUUGUCACUUCCACUCAUGCUGUCAAAAGUGCGCGCAUCACCUUUGACAAAGACCGCACUGUCACACAUGAGCUGAAUUUCUAUAUCUUGGAUAAGUGUCCUUUCGACGCGGUCAUUGGCUUGGGCUGGCUAAAGGCUCAUUGCCUAAGGACCACGUGGGCGGACAAUCAGUUCGUGGUACUUGAUGCCAAGGGGAACGAGCGUACCGUCUUAUUAGAUGAGACGCGCGAGUCCCCUGUGACUCUUUUAAGUGCUAACAAAUUCUGCAGGUCAGUGCGCAGGCGCAAGGAAGUUGAUUUUGUACAUAUAGCCCUUGUAAAACCACUCCAUGUGCCUUCUACUUUUGUUGCAUUUUCUACCUCGRUAAGUAACUCUACUUCUAAUCCAUCUACUUCUACUGUGAAUAAUCCUUCUACUUCUAAUCCGGUUGUAAUUGCUGUAAAUUCUCAGUCUAAUUUUCUUUCUCCUGAUGAGGAUGAUCCUCCACCGGAAGUCCCAACAAAAAUUCGCCAACUAUUGGAUCGAUUCCCUGAAGUUUUGGCCGAACCUCGUGGAGUUCCCGAUCGUCCGGUCAAACACAAAAUCGAGAUAAUAGAGGGGAGUGUUCCUCCAAAGGGCUGCGUCUACCGUAUGGGACAAGGCGAGUUGGAGGAGUUGAGACGGCAAAUUGAUGAUAUGAUUGACCGUGGAUGGAUUAAGCCCAGUGAGUCUGAAUUUGGUGCACCUGUCUUGUUUGUGCCAAAGAAAGGAGGCAAACUCCGUAUGUGUAUUGACUACCGUGGCCUCAAUCGGAUCACAAGAAAGAAUGUUUACCCUUUGCCUCGCAUAGAUGAUCUGCUAGAUGCGGCAUGUGGAUGCAAGGUCUUCUCCAAGAUCGACCUCAAAUCUGGUUAUCGCCAGAUUGAAGUUGAUCCGAGUGACCAGCAUAAGAUUGCAUUCAAGACACGCGAUGGGCUGUACGAGUUUAUCGUUAUGCCCUUCGUUCUUACGAAUGCACCAGCCACCUUUCAGUGCCUCAUGGACAAGGUACUUCGCCAUCAACUCAACAGUUUUGUGGUUGUGUACCUUGAUGAUACCUUGAUCUUCAGCAAAACCAUGGAGGAGCACCUCAAGCACCUUGAGGAAGUUUUGCAGGUUCUCAAGGAGGCGCAGUUGCACCUCAACUUGGAGAAAUCUGAGUUUGGGAGGGACAGCGUCAUCUAUCUUGGGCAUCGGUUGUCUGCAAACGGCCUUGAGCCGGAGGCAACCAAGGUUGAGGUCAUCCGAAAUUGGCCUCAACCGGCAAACGUCCACAGGCAUAAGCCUUAUGGCCUACUGAGACCUCUCCCCAUUCCUGAUGGACCCGAUGAGUCAAUUUCCAUCGACUUCACAGACAUGGGAAAGGUGAGUGAGGCUGGAAAUUCACAAGUCAUGGUCAUUGUGGACCGCUUCUCCAAAUUUCUGAACUUGAUUCCUCUCCCUCCUCACGCCCCGACUGAACUUGUCAUAGAAGAAUUCCAUCAGCAGUACAUUCUGCAGUCUGGCGUCCCGAAAACUAUUGUGAGUGAUCGGGACACCAGAUUCAUCAGCAAAGAUUGGAAAGACUUCACAUCUCAGAUCUACGACAUCAAACUGAACAGGACUUCUGGUCGACACCCCGAAGCCAACGGAUUGGUUGAGGAGAUCAACCAGACUGUCAUCCAAUUGCUUCGCGCACUAAUUGUUCCAGAUCAGAACACGUGGGACAAGGAAUUGCACAAGGUGAAGGGGCUGUACAACAACUCUAUUCACUCUGCGACUGGUGUGACACCAAACCAAUUGCAGUAUGGAUGGUCGAUGCGUAAUCCCCUCUCCUAUCUGUUCCCCGAACGGUCACCUGGUCUGAUGCCCGGCAUGCCUGGCUACAAUGCCAAAUACGCACGCUUGCUCAAAGCUGCUACAACAGCUAUGAACAAGCGUCAGCAUGCCAUGAUCAAACAUACCAAUAAGCUGCGCAAAGAAGAAAAAUUCAAAGUAGGGGAUUAUGUUUGGGUCAAAAUGUCCGAGUUUUCUGAUGAAGAGGGCAUAUCAAGGAAGCUUCUUCCACUAUACUACGACCCUUGGCAGAUUCUGAAGGUAGUCGGGGAUGACUUUGGCCCUUCAUUUGUGAUUGACGUGUCUCCUCAUCUGCACACGUAUCCGGUCUUUCAUGCGUCCAAACUAUUCCCACACAUUGAUGAUGAGACCUUUCCUUUCCGGGACCCGAUGAUACCUCGCCCUAUCGACGGCGGCCAUGAGAUAGAAAGAAUCGUAUCUCACGAGGGCAGAGGGAGGAACAUACAGUAUAAGGUUCACUUCCUCUAUCACCCGUUGACUGAAUUCUUCUGGAUCGACCGGAAAGAGCUGCUAAAAAGUGCUCCCCGUGUUGUGAACGCUUACAAAAGACAGAUCACCGAGGGACAGACCACUAAGUUCGUAGCACCAAUGACUCCUCAUGGAUUGACCAAGUCUCUUUUUCUGAUGUACUCCUACGAUGCAUUUUAUCUAAGCAAAAUGGCAGCGGAAGAUGAGACAGACAAUUAUAGGAGCGAGGGAGGACCAGGCUUAGGAGGCAGCGUCGUACAAAGCGAGGAGGGUCAGAAGGACAGAGAAUCGAUGAAUCCGGAUGGUACCAAGGGGAACAGGAAAGAGAUCUCCUCAGUGGAAAGCUCGAGAAAAGCCGGGGGAAGCACGCAAGGGACCCAGGAGACCAGGGAGGGUAGGAAUAAGGACAGGUCGAGCCCACAAAAUUCAAAUGGAGUUGUAUCUAAGAAGGUGAGAAUCACGGACGCAAGGUGCAAACGAGCAGAAGUAGAGAAGAGAACCGCAGAGUACAAGGCAAGAUUGAUCGAGGAGAUGAUGAUUGGAAACGAGGAAGACCUCCCGCAGGAAGAACCACGGGACGAACGGAAGGUCAACUUCAUCUUAGAAAGCGACGGACACGAUAAGGUGAACGCGACUACUCGACUAGGGACGGUCGGAAGAAGAAUUAUUUGUUACACUGUGAUGGAGGAGGUUGUUGGGGGCUCCGCGACCCAAGCGGAGCCCGAGAUCGGGGAACCAGAGAAAGUUUACGGGAAGCCUAGGGAAGAGGAGCCUACGGACAAGGUCAGCGCUGCCAAGAAAAAGUUUACGUAUCAAAUCCUGAUCCUAACCAUACCAGAGAUCGACGACACCCUUAGCAAAUUUCUAGGAACCAUGGUGUCAGUAUCCUUUCAGACCAUGUUGCAAGCGAGCCCCAGACUGCUCAAAGGGCUUAGACAACUACUGACUCGCCGGCAAGUGGAGAUAGAUGAAAAUCCGGAAUCGCAGGAAGAGGAAAAGGAGGAGGAAGCCCCGCAAGAAGUCGCUAAUCUUCAAAGGAGUCCUGAAGAUUUGAAGGAUCUUGAAAAGGCUUUUGCGGAUAUCUGCUUGAGCUUGCCAGACCGUGAAGGCGGGGAAGUCAUGAGGGUUCCACCCGAGACGAAGCUUAGUUUCCAUGCCCCCCCCGUAGGGAAGUUAAAGUUCGAUUACAAGAUCGAACGAAUUGCUGGACUCAGAAACAAGGUCGAUAGGCUAAGUUGGAUCUGCAUCAUGGAGGAUGCAAAAUCCAUCGACGCGUUCCUUGAAUACGAAGGAGGAACCCUUGCGGUCGAUAACGAAAUGACGAGGGAAGGAUGCGCGUCGGGAGAAUUGUUGAUUCAAACUUUGGAGAAAGGGGCACCUGCCGUAGUGGCGGAACUUAGGGAAGGGUCAGUCACCACUCGAGGACGCAAAGAGGAUAAGGAUUCGUGGAGAGCGAUAGUAGGUCCGCAGGAGGAAUUGAUAGCAAUGACCGUUGAGGGAGGCCGGGAUGCUGUGAUGAGUUUAGUGAAGUCUUGGGAACGAAAAAAGUUGCAGCUAGUGGUAAACCAGAUGCAGGAGAAACAGGAUAAGGAUCAAGAAGGAAAGGAGUUUUUCUAUGUUGAGAUGUACGAAGGGAUCUUUCGAGAAAUCAGAUUGUUGCUGGUAGGAAACAGGCAACCCAUGGAGGUCAGCCUUAAAGCAAGGGAGGAGGCCGAAAGGUAUAUCCUGGACGCGCGGGACAACUUGAGUGGGUUCGUCGAGGCAGUCGCCCUCAAGAAAAAGACGGGGAAAGGUGUAGCCAAUUGGAUAGAAGAUUUCUACCUAAGGCAUCCCUUCAUCUGGAGGUUUAUAGCAAAUAACGGAACGGAGUUUGUAAACCAAGAAGUGUUGGGAGUGCUUAAAAGACUCUGUGUACCUAUCAAACUCAUCGAGCCCUAUCACCCGGAGACCAAUGCUCCUGUGGAAAGGGGGCACCAGACCUUAAAGAACAUGAUUGUGAAGCUCGCGGCGGACGAUCUGGGGAGUUGGCCUAGAUAUCUUAAGCAGGUUGUCUUUUCGAAGAACAUGACACCUAAGAGGACAAUGGGAUGUAUCCCAUCGGAGCUCUGGUAUGGAAGAGAGAUCGAUUUUCCCGUGGAGGCCUUGAUACCUACCUGGAACAAGUUAGAUGACGAUCCGCACAUGACCACCGGAGAGCUAAUUGAGGCGCGAUGUGAACAAGUCCUUAGAAACGAGGAGGGCAUGGAGGACAUUGCCAACUGGGUACCAGACAGCAGGAUGAGGGACAAAGCAAGAUGGGACCAGUUCCUCGGGAACGUCACGGAUGAGCAAGUUAGGCAUUGUAGGGCACAGAUCCUGAAGGGCAAGUUGAAGUACUGCGGGAGAGUCAGUCCCUUGGAUCCCCAGGACCUGAAACUUCCCCGCAUGCGCGAGCUGGAUCCUGACAAAUGCGGCGAGACGAACUCUGGGAUGUGGCAGAAGGGCAUCAGGCAGGAAGGUAAGCCCGACCUAAGGACCCUAAGAAAGGUGUGGAGCGUCGGUAGACCCUAUUUGAAAUGUAAGUGCAAAAAAGAAAGGAAUAAGGAUUGUGGGGAUACCGCUCUCUGGCUCGAUCAUGCGAUAUGGUACCUAUUGGCACAUCCGGAUAUCCUUUUUCCGACCAUGUCCUCCAUCAAGAUCCGGACGUCAAUGCUCAUCCACUACUUCCGCACCACGUGGAGGGAGGGAGUUCUUGUGGCCAUCAGUUUCCAUUUCCUCAGGGAUCUGAUGAUGAACAUCGCUAAGACGCUAGAAGAGGAUGCGACCUUGAAUGCGAAAACCGUUCUAAAGGAGGAUCGACUUUGGAGCUACCCCAUUCCCGCGGCGCUUGCCCGCAUCAUGCUUCCCACCAGGAUUCCUGAGAAACCAACGAGGGUUCCACUCAGCUCUCCACGCGAUGUGGCAUGGAAAAGGAACCGCACUGCUCAGGGCAUUAUUAACGAGGGUCUCAACCAUAUCACGCUGAUGGCUCUGGACGUGGAGGAGGCUGUCACGGAGUUGGACCGUUUUCUGGACGAACUCUUUGCAAGCGUGAUGGAGCUAAGGACGCUCACGGAGUCCACUAAAUCGUUUUUGAGAAGGAUUAUCAUGAAGAAGGGAAAGGCAAGGAUGAGCAGGUACAAGGAGGCGCACAGGCAUGCGAUAGCUGAACCAUUCGAGCACCCUACAGUGAAGAGGCAGUUGGACUUUAUCACGGGCAGAUUCCUCAUCUGUCCGACAGACAAAGCACCCAACACGCCGGCAUUUGUUUGCAAGAACUUCAUCCGAAAGCUUGCUUUCCAGAGGUUAUCAGGCCCUGAAUUCGCCUGCACCGGCAUGCCCCUAGCGGCGGUCAUCUCGCUCAUACAAGGGGAACUCUCUGCUAUGGCGGCGCUUCCGGUCGCACCUGCCGCGCUCCCAUACCUCAUGGUUGUGCUGAAGGCACACAAGGGCACCUUCAGGUGGAUCACGAACACAGCGAAUUCCAUCAUCUCUCCUGCGGCGGAGGUCUGCGCCUGCCUUCUGAGGUUCCUGCUUCCGCUGGUGCAAACUUUCUGCCAGGAAAGGAGCACGAAGAUAAAGGAGCAAUAUGGUGUCAGCCCUAAUCUAUGGUGGGCCAUCGCUUCAGUUGGGGAAUGCUGCGCCAAUCUACCGGAGAGAAUCUACUCAGUGUUCACUGCCGACAUUACCAGAUGCUUUGAGACGAUCCCAACGGACGCCUCAGAGGACAGCCUGCCGGCCACAAUCAGGUUCUACGUCCAAUGCGCUAUGCAAGUGAGGAGGGAAAGGAGUUCCUGCCACGCCAUUCGGAUCAGGUUUGGGGAUGGCGGGAAGCCUUGGCCAUCAUGGGUGGACUUGGAGCAGCCGGAGGAGGAAGGGGCGCUACUUUUCAGGGAAACAGACAUCUACUGGAUCGCAGACUGGUGCAUUACGAACAGUGUGAUGCGGAUGGGCGACUACGUCUGGCGACAGGUGAGAGGUAUCCCCAUGGGACUUGCGUGUUCCUCGACUUGGUGCGACAUAUACUUCUUCAAGUAUGAGUUUCAUGCCAUGAUGAGACUGGUGGACACGGGGAACGCCCAUCUCAUCCCACGCUUCGACAAUACCUUUAGAUACAUAGAUGAUUUGGGGGCCAUCAACAACGCGAUCAUCGGGAACUUUCUGCGCAAAGCGGAGGACAGGGAUGCGAAUGACCCCUGCUGGAUCUAUCCGGACCAGUUUAUCGAGAUAAAGGAGAAUACCGAGGUGCUCGAGGACGGAAUUGGCUACGUCGCCAACUUCCUUAGCAUGACCAUCACAAUCACCUCGCCGAUCGAAGGCACUUACAUCACCUCCAAGUUUGAUAAGCGCGCUGGCUUGGGUUUCUCUCCGUGCAGAUUCAUGAAGUUCAAAUCUAACAGGAGUAUCAAGCAAUCGCUGCAGAUCAUCACGGCGCAGGUCGCACAGGUUCUCAUGAUUUGCUCGGAUCCGGUUGACGCCGCGGGAGAAAUCGCGAAGAUAGUAGAGGCAAUGGUGGAAAAUGGCUUUGCUGCAGCAACGUGCUGGAGAGUACUCAAGAAGACCCUGCGCAAUGUCUGCAUCAUCUGUGUCGUCAGCUCGGCUGGAUCACGACUCGAUCCCGACUCGAUCGCGACUCGUUCGCGACUCGAUCGCGACUCGAUCAUGACUCGAUCGCAACUCGAUCCCGACUCGAUCGCAACUCGAUCGCGACUCGAUCGCGACUCGAUCGCGACUCGAUCCGACGAUCAUCGUGCUAUUAGUGACGUUGAUCGUAGAUGUUCCCAAGUGAAUACCCUUGAUGGUGCUGAAAAGAUGGUUAUGGAGGGGGAUGGUGAUCAUUAUUGUGGUGAUGGGGAUGGUUCGUGUGGAGCUCGGUCGGGUAAGCCCUUGAAGCUUACAUUUGUUGAUGACGAGGAUGAUGACGUUACGGGUGAUUCAAAAGAAGACUGUGUUCAUUCUACAUUCAAGAGAAGAAAGAGACGUGGUGCGAAAACUAAUGUUAUGAGUUCGCCCGAUAUGCUCGCUGAUGCACUUGCAUCUCUUCCGUUUUGUGCACCGCUUGCUGAACGUGGACGUGUUAAUGAUUCGUCUUCGCAAUCUCAAUGCAGUGGACGCGAAAGACAUGUUUGCGGCACAUUGCGACCAGAAAAUCGUCCCAGCAUUGUUGUGCUGCUUGAUAAUAACGAUGCACCCACAAUUCGCACUUCGAAUCCCCGUGCUUACCUUGCUAGAUGGUUUGACGAUGCGAAGAAGGUUGGCAUCCAAAAUGUCUUGACUGAGGUUCUUUUUGAGAUGUUUGUCAAAAAUGCCACAGUUGCAAAAGAUGGACGAAUAUGGGAAAACUUCCUGGAAUGGAAAAGAAACAAACUCACUAAUAAGCGGUUGGAACGACGAUCUCCUCUUCCUUCAGACCCGUUGAAUAUUUCGGAUUUGGAGUCUUCUUCCGUGUUGCAAUCGCUUUUGAAUGAUGAGUUCAUCGCUCUGUCUAAUGAGCAGAUUGCUAGGAUGACGUUUCAUUUGCCGCAUUGUCCGACAGAAGGGACCAUUCCCCAAGCCUUUCACAAAUAUGCACGUGUAGAGCAACUUCUCAAAAGGAUUCCUCCCGUUGUUGCUUCUUCCACUCCUCAUUCUGCUCCGGGCCCUAGAGUUCCCCUUCAAGCAGCGUCUCCUCCAAAUUUUCAACGUCUUGCGGAUUAUGCUUCACCCUCCAAUAUGUCAACCGCGACUGUCAAUCCUUCAGUUGUUGUUUCUGCUUUGCCGGCCGCUCCGCCUACUCCGUCUCCUAUGAGUUGUGUUCUGCCCGCUCAUACGCCAUCAAGAGACCAUUUGCAUGUCCAUACAAGACCCUUGGAACAACCAAGUUCUUCUGAUUUUGACAUCGCCGUGUAUGAGUCUUUUCAAUCUAUUGGUCCCAAAAAGACACUUGCACACCUGUCCUAUCUUGACAGUUCUCACAGGGUGCGAGAUAUUGUGGAAGCAGCGGCGUCGUUAAAUACGAGCAUGAACACUUGGAGAUGUGUGAACGCUGCAAUUCACCUCGAUUACAAUCGGCAAAGACAAGGUCGAUUCGGAACUUUUCACGAGUAUCGUCGCAGAGUGCUGCAACAAGUUUCUGUUCGUGAGGUGCUGCAAGAGUAUCGUUGCAGUGAAGGAAGUUGAUUGGUCUUAUUAGAGAGAUAGGGAACAAAGAGCUGUUGAUUCG